CUCAAGCGAAGACAUGAAUGACAAGAAUGUCGAGCUUGAAGAAGUAAAUCUGAACAUAUUUUAACUAAUGUCUUGCCUUUGGAUUUGCAGCUGAUGAAGAGUCUCUUCAGGAGGUUAUGGUUAAGGCAGAAGCCCUUUUCCUGGUGCUGGUGUUGAUUAUGGAAAGAAAAGAGAGAUGAGGACUACUUCAACUAGUACUCCUUCCUUUCUCCUGCUGCUACUAGUCUUGGAGUCUUUUUGGGCCUCUGAUAAUCUGCAUGUUCCUACUAAAUCAGCUGCCAAAAAGGCAUGCAGUCAUGUGUGGUGUAGCUUCAAUAUUUUGAGAAUCAUGUUUUUGAUUACGAGCAAAUGAGUGAAGCUUAUCUUGGCAGCUGUAAGAGCAAC